UUCCAUCGUCACCUCAUCUAAUCUCUUGGAUCCCAUAAAUGGCAGCAGAUUUGGGCAUUAAAUUUUGCCACCAAACUUCUCUUCCACCUCUCUCUCUCCCUGCCUUCUUCCCUUUCCCCUUGUCUCUCGCCUUCCACCAAGAUUUGCUCCAACAAUAAAAGCUCUGCCCUCCCUCCAUCACUUCCCUCGCUCUCCCACCAACAAAUUUCUUCUCUUCUCCGAAUUCCCAAAACUCGAAACAUUCAGCCAUGGCUGCCACCGAACUCAAGUCCGCUGCCAUUCUUGAUCUACUCAAGGCCUUCCUCGAAACCGAAGAAGGCCUCCAGGUCAGGAAGAAGGUCAAUCUCGUCUAUCAGUUUAACAUCGCGCCUAAGAAAAUUGGGUACGAUGAGGUGAUUUUCACUAUUGAUCUCAAGACAGGCCAGCACUUGGGAUUUGAUUGUAAGGAGUUCGUUUUGGUUGUUGUGUUGUUGGGGAAGUCAGGUCCAUAUGAAGGAGGGAAGCCUGAUGCUGUCUUUUCACUAAAGGAUGAGGAUUUCAUGAAGCUUGCAACGGGGAAGAUGAAUCCUCAGAUUGCUUUCAUGAGGGGAGCACUGAAGAUUAAGGGCAGCCUGAGUGCAGCUCAGAAGUUCACCCCGGAUAUCUUCCCUAAGCCGUCGAAGCUGUAAGGACGACGAUCGAGAAGCCUGCAGAGUUGGUUUGGUUGAAUUUGCCUGCUUGAACUAGUGUUGUUGGAAGAAUGAUUCAUGACUCCUUUUUUCUCGUGUAGUAGUUUGCAUUACAAGGCCACAAACGCCCCAGUCUCUUCCUAUCGGAUUCAUGUUUGAGUGCUCAUUUCAUCAUUUGCAUAGAUGGGGGAUAGAUUGGUGUGUUUAAAUAGGUCGUCGAAUUUCAGAAUCAAAGCACGUUCACCUUUUCCCCUUUCCAGUUUCCCAAUCGUUAUUAUGGGUUGAGUGGUGGGGAAAAGGUGUUAUUAUGAAAGUCUUUCUUCUCUGCUCAUUUGCUGUCAGGUUCAUAAGCCUGAGUUGUGAUAGAUGCCUUUCAUUUUCAUCUAUUAUUGUUGGACAGAUUUGGACCCAUAGAUGUCGUACUAGGUUUCUGGUUUGGUUGAACCCACAUUUAACUCAGCCAAGCACAACCGAUGCUAAGUGGUCAACAAGCAGACUGCAUCAAUCCACGCUGCUGUUAUCUUUAUGACUGGUUUGCUGUUCAUUUACCUGCUGCCAUUAAGCAACAGAAGACAAACGAACUCGUAGAAGUUAGAACCCUAUUUUGUAUCUGGGUAGACCUGCCUCAUUGUUAAAUCCGAUUUGACUCUGCGUUCUCAAGUCUCAACAGCCAUGUCCAUGUGUGUGACGA